GCGAAUGUCAGCUAGUUCAAAGGUGACAUUUGAUAGGAAAACCUACAUGACAUCAAGAAAAAGUUUACAUAAUGUCAUAAAAAAUCGAUAUUAAGUUACCUAAAUCGGGAGCCGGUGUUGUUGGAAAUAUAUGAUACUGGUGAUUAUAUCAUUAUAGAAGAACCAUGGGGUGGUCGUAUCAUUGUUAUUGGGAAAUCCCAUAAAACCUGCAGUGCAUUACAUGAGGUUCAUGCUGCUAUAUGGAAUUGGUGACAGUCGUGUCUUCUGAGGGCUACAUGAAGUUCAGGAACUGAGCUCUUCGCGUAUAUAGAUACAAAUGAAACUAGCAUAGUGAAGUAUGGGGAGAGAGAAAAAGAUUGAUCGUGCCUACUGCUGACAACAUCCGGCUUCAUGUAAAUAUGCUCCAGUGUAAUGAAACUAAUUGUUUAAUAGAACGUUAGUAGAAACAGGUGAAACUUAUCACCUUAAUUUGUCUGUAUUAUUAGUGUGUCAGCUUCAACAGAUACUAUACUAAUCGAUCAUAUGGCGGAUGAUAUACAGGCACUCAGAGAUAAGUUCCAUGCCACUUGGCCAUUAUUGGACCUCCUUUACAGCAGUUGCAGUACUUCUGUAUUUACGCUUUGGUUGUUCGGCUGCCCUAUUAUAAAAAAUGAGCUAGCAAACAGAGGAGUAAGCCCUACUUUAAAGUACUUCUAUCCUAAGGCUUAA